AUGUCAGGCUGGCCGACCACCCAGCAUCCGCCAGGCGUUGUUUCUCAACACGCUCCGCCACCUGCAUACGGCUAUCCACCCAACCCUGCCUUUAUUCCAGUUCAGGUGCGACAGGGCUUCAGUCCGUAUGCUGCACCUCCGCCACCGCCAUACAUCCCGUACGCAUCAAGUCCAGCUCAGAGCCAGGCCUCUACUCCCGGAACUACGACAAAUGCAUCUCCAUCAGCACCUGUAGAACAGCCCAAGGGAGCCAAGACCGAGUGGCCGGAAUCAGUCCGACGAUAUGUCCAGCGGUCUUUUCAUCCCGAAAACGACGACGCCUCUGUCUCUCGCGCGGAGCUUGAGGCCAAGCUGAAAGACACAAUCGGCAGUGCUAAAGAGAACAACUCGCUCUACACUAUUGAUUGGGAUAAUAUGCCUCUGCCCCAAGCCUUGGUGAGAGCUGACCGUGAGGCACUACUUAAGCUUCGCCAUACCUCGUUGACCACGCCGAUAUAUGCCGACGACUCUUUCAAUCCCAGAAAGCGCAAGUCGAAUGAUUUUCCAAACAAUGAUGCAUCCGUGCCGCCUUGGCACUCUACUAACUCAGGCCGAUCCCUCGAGGAUCGCAUUUCGUAUUCCCCCGACAAGCGGGUAGCCCUCGAUGACAGUAAGUUCCAGAAAGAAGCCAACAAGCGAAAGCGCCGUUUCGAAAACGAAUACAAGGCGGCCAACGUAGCGUCGCUUAGCCCAACUCCGCCAUCAUCCGGCCCCAUCGUCGGCACCUCUGAAACCCUUGAAAAGAAGUAUCUCCGCCUCACUGCCCCCCCUAUUCCGUCCAAUGUGCGACCCGAGAGAGUUCUCCGUCAAACGUUAGAUUUGUUGAAGAAGAAGUGGCGAAAGGAGAGCAACUAUUCGUACAUCUGCGACCAGUUUAAAUCUAUGCGUCAAGAUCUUACCGUGCAGCGCAUCAAGAACGAGUUUACUGUUUCCGUCUAUGAAAUUCAUGCCCGGAUUGCCUUGGAGAAGGGGGACAUCGAUCUAACAGCAGCGGAGAAGGAAGAGAAGCCCAUCAAGCACGCGCUCGACGUGCGGUCGGCGCUGGCACUGGGCAACUACCACAAGUUUUUCCAGCUAUAUCUUGACACACCCAACAUGGGUGCAUAUCUCAUGGAUAUGUUUGUCGCCAGGGAGCGCCUUGCAGCUCUGUGCAAUAUUUGUAAAGGAUACAAACCUGACGUCAAGCUGCGCUUCAUCACUGAGGAACUCGGGUUCGAAUCAGAUGCUGAUGCUGCUCAGUUCAUUAUUGAUUACCAGGGGCAACAUCUUCUUGAAGACCGCACAGAGUACAUUGCGUUCCUGACCGGUAAAGCCAAUAACCUCUUUGAGAACUCUAGAGCGUCGGCUUUCCGGAAAGUGGACAUUAAAGGACAGAUUUAA